AUGUUCAUUAAGAAUCGAUAUGAAAACUGCACCUACAUUGAUGGAAACUUGGAGAUUGUCUUCCUCAACAACCGAUCAGUGGACUAUGAUCUGUCAUUCUUGGAGUCGAUCCGUGAGGUCACAGGCUACAUCCUUAUUGUCAGUGUCUUUGCGAGCUAUAUCCCCUUGACUAACCUGCAGAUCAUCCGUGGCAAUGAGCUGUUUCCUCACAAGGAUGAUUUAUACAGUCUUUUUGUGGCUGACAAUUAUGAGGCAAGUUCGAAACACAUUGGCCUCAAGGAGUUGCGCUUCAAGUCAUUGGCAGAAAUUAUGCAUGGUAAAGUGGCUUUCAUGAACAACAACCUCCUUUGCUUUGAAAACACAAUCAACUGGACUGAUAUUAACCCAACAACAAAACCACCCGUAAAAUUUACGUUCAGUUCCCAUUAUGACCAAAGAAAAUGUAAACAAUGUGAUGAGAGCUGCUACCACAACACUACCAAAAGACGCAAUUGUUGGGGGUCUGGACCUGAUAUGUGUCAAAAACUAAGCCGAGGUGCAGUCUGCAGUGAAUCCUGCGACAACCGUUGUUUUGGCCAUCUUCCUAAUCAAUGCUGUCAUGUCCAGUGUGCAGGAGGUUGCACAGGGCCAAAGAAGACUGACUGUUUGGCUUGCCGUAAAUUUAGCAAUGAAGGCGAAUGUGUAGCUUUCUGCCCACCUUCUAUGAUUUACAAUGACAAGACUUACGCUUGGGAAAAAAAUCCUAACUACAAAUACACAUAUGGAACAUUGUGUGUAAAAGAAUGUCCCCCCCAUAUGCUGAAGGACAAUGAUGCCUGUGUAAAAGCAUGCAAAGAACAUCACAGAGCACAGGACAACGAAUGUGUUCCAUGCAAUGGUCCAUGCCCUAAAACAUGUGAGGGAACCAAAGGGCUAUGGCUUGAUUCAAAAAAUAUCGAGAAUUUCCGUGACUGUACAGUCAUUGAGGGUAACUUAGCCCUUUUGGGUGUGACUUUCACUGGUGAUGAGUAUAACAAUGUCACUGGCCUGGAUAUCAAAAAUCUAGAUUGGCUUCAGGGAGUGCAAGAGAUCACAGGAUAUUUGACAGUGCAGGCUAGCCCGCCAGAACUGAAAGACCUUUCCUUCCUUAAAAAUUUAAAGGUGAUUGGAGGACGCAACAUAGAUUCGGACAUGUCUCUGCGUAUUCUUGAGACAAAACUGGAAAACCUGGGAUUGAUAUCUUUAAAGAGCAUUAAAAAUGGAAAUGUUUUGAUACAUCAGAACAAAAAAUUAUGCUACGUUGAUUCCAUGAAUUUUACUGAGUUAUUUACAAGCAAAAAGCAAAUUUACCAAAAGAAAGGAAAUGGUGUAAAAGGCUGUGAAAACAAAGUUUGUCAUCCUCAGUGUAAAAAUGGCUGCUGGGGUGAAGGCCCAGAUCGAUGUCUGAAUUGUGUCAAUUACCGUGUAGAAAACAAGAAUUUGUGCGUUGCUUCUUGUGCAAGCAUGCCCCGUUUAUACAACGCUGGCAAUAAACUCUGCAAGAAAUGCCAUGUGCAAUGUGCAAAUAACUGUACAGGACCGCAUGAAUAUCAAUGUGACAGUUGUCUUCGUGUUCAGCAUGGACCCAACUGUAUGGAGAAAUGUCCUCCAGCGAAAUAUCCGGAUGAAAACAGAAUUUGUCAACCUUGUCAUCCAAAUUGUGACACAGAUUGCACCGGACCCUUAAACGAAUUACUAAAUGGUGGAUGCAACAGCUGCAAAAUAGGCCAGCGCCAGUCUGAUGGCCGAAUAGUUUGUGUCUCAAAAGAUAUAGAAGAAUGUCCUGAUGGCUACCAUAGAGACUAUCAUAGGGUUGAGCAGAUGAAAGACAAAAUUCUUUGCAGUCCUUGUCAUAAAAAUUGCCUUACUUGCCUUGGAAGUGGAGAAUUCUCUUGCAAGGAAUGCAGAAUGUACAAAUACCACAGUAAAUGUGUUAACGAAUGCCCCAAAAAUUUCUACAAUGACGACGAGAACAAAACAUGUCAAGAAUGUCACCCUGAAUGCAUGAAUGGAUGCAGCGGCCCACUGCCUUCAGAAUGUUAUGCUUGUCGCAAUUUUAAAAUUCCAUUCAACCAUAACCAAACGGUGUUCAACUGCUCGGAAAUGUGCCCUGUUGGCAUGAAUUACCAUGUUAAAGAUAUCAUUAGCUAUGAUAUGACAGUUUGUGCAGACGCAUCUCACCCAAUAAUUGCCAGGAGAUUGGCAGAAGCUGCAGAGCAAGACAGAAAGAAACUUACCAUUAUUAUCAUUGCUGUCAUUUGUGGCGUCAGUUUUCUUUUGAUACUUAGUUACUUUUGUUAUAAAAGAACCAACACAAAAGCAAUGGAAAAAGUUGCCAAAUUAAAUGCCACCAUGAUGCGCUAUGAUGAAACGGAGCCAAUGACACCAACUGGAAUUAAACCUGACUUAGCUCAGUUACGUUUAAUAAAGGAAUCAGAAUUAAGAAGAGGUGGGAUUAUUGGGUCUGGUGCAUUUGGAACUGUAUACAAGGGUUUCUGGAUCCCAGAUGGUGAAAAUAUAAAGAUUCCUGUGGCCAUCAAAGUUUUACAAGAAGGAACAUCACCAAGUCAGAACAAAGAACUUCUUGAAGAGGCUCGAGUGAUGACCUCAGUUGACCAGUAUUACUGCAUUCGUAUCCUUGCUGUCUGCAUGACUGCACAGAUGAUGUUGAUUACGCCCCUCAUGCCUCUUGGCUGUCUGCUUGACUAUAUUCGGAAAAACAAAAAAGCUAUUGGCUCAAAAGUUUUACUUAAUUGGUGUACGCAAAUAGCUAAGGGAAUGGCUUAUUUGGAGGAGCAUGCAAUUGUCCACAGGGAUUUAGCAGCACGAAAUGUUUUAUUGCAGACCCCAAAUCAUGUGAGAAUAACUGACUUUGGACUGGCCAAAUUAUUAGAUUACAAUGAAGAAGAAUACAUUGCUGCAGGUGGCAAGAUGCCCAUCAAGUGGUUGGCUCUUGAAUGCAUACAGCACCGAAUUUUUACCCACAAAAGUGAUGUAUGGAGUUAUGGAGUUACUGUCUGGGAACUGUUUACUUAUGGUCAGCGACCAUAUGAAUCGGUAAGAGCUCCCCAUGUCCCUGAUCUUUUGGAGAAAGGAGAACGUCUCCCACAACCAAGUAUGUGCACAAUCGAUGUGUAUAUGAUUAUGAUUAAAUGUUGGAUGCUGGAUGCUGACAGCCGUCCAUCCUUUAAAGAAUUGGCAGGUGAAUUUGCCAAAAUGUCUCGUGACCCCGGACGAUACCUGGUAAUUGAAGGCGACAAGCUGAUGCGAUUGCCAAAUACAACAUAUGACAAACAAGAUUUGUUCCAUAAUCUAAUUGGAGGUACAGAUGUACCUGAGAAGAUUGUAGAAGCUGAGGAUUAUUUGAUGCCCCAGUCAGCACAAGCACCUGAGGAAGAGGAUGCUGCUGAUAAUAACAAUGAAGAUCCUAAGCAGGGUUCAUUGGUCGGCUAUGCUGGUGAAUUGUUUCAGACAGACUGUGUAACAGAAAAGGAGUUGGACACUGAACAUCGGCGCCGUGAGAAACGGUACGGUCAUCUUGAAUCAGCUGCUGCAGCAAGGCAGCAAAGGCAGAUGGCACCAAGCAGGGGUCGAGAGGACAGUGUUAGCUCCAGAUAUAGCACAGAUCCUAUCAAAUAUUCAAAAGAAAGAGAUGAUUUGUCAGAUUUGGACCCAAACAAUUUGUCUAUCAAUGGUACAAACAAACUGAACCCCAUACCAUCAGCAUUCCAAUCAUCUCGACACCUACCAGUAGAUGAGGAUGAUUACUUACAACCAAAAUCUACAAAUCCUGCUGCCUAUAUGGAUCUCAUAGGUGAGAAAGGAUCAUACAAUGACCGUCUUUUACAACUAAGAAAUGACAAGCUUUAUCCCCAUGAUGAUGAAAUAAUGAAAGACAUUAUGGGACCUUCAACAUUGGUUCCAGUUGAAAACCCAGAAUAUUUUGAACAGAAUGAACCAAAAGGUGCAACUAUAUCUAUCUAUCUAUCUAUCUAUCUAUCUAUCUAUCUAUCUAUCUAUAUAUAUAUAUAUGUUCAGUAUAUGUUCCUUAAUGUACAGUGA